AGAGCUUCUCAAGCAGGAUCUAUGGCCCCAAUAAAUGGAUUAUUUAGAAAAGAUUUCAUUUCCACCAAUAUAAGCGGUAACCCCUGCUUUGUAGCGUCUUCCACAGUCUUGACAGCCCCACCGAAAGCAAUCAGAUUGGCCAGGAAAGCCUUGAGCCUUGAGACCACACCGUUCUGUUUGAGCCCCAGUCCCGUGUGCGUGCACUUCUACAGUUAACCCCCAAUAACCUUGGCCAAUUCCUAGUAUUCGUUGUGAAAUACCUAACACCAGGUCAAAUGAUUUAUUGGGUGGGGAACUUGUGUGAGAAGUAGAAGGAUUUCAUCGAAACACAGCUAUCAUUGAAUAAACAUUCAAGUCUCAGCAAAACUGGAGUUCUCUCUAAAGAACCAUCCAAAAGUUCCCCAGGUGGAAACAUGGAAGAAGGAUCAGACAUGCAAGUCGAUGUCUGUCCAAAUCCAAUGCUGCACACAUCGGAGUGGGUCGUGGAUCCUUACCGAAAAGGAUCGGACAGUUUGAAGAUCUUUCUCGCGGCUUUGGUGCGCAGCUGGCGCAUGCGAGGAGAAAAUAUAUGCCAAUUGGAGGAGAAGACGGAGCAUUUCAGGGACGAAUAUUUACAGACUAAGAACACGGUACGCAUGUCUAAGGCCCUGAAGGACGUGGAACUCGAGCGGAAUGGCGAGCUGCAUCUGGAAUUAAUGAUGUACAAGCGUAGCUUCUAUGAGGCUCAAACGUCCAUUCACAGUCUGACGACAGACAAGGAAAAACUGCUACACGAAGUGGAAUGUAGCAAGAGAAAGCAUGACAAACUACAAGCUGUGGCUGACCAGCGACAAAUAGAAAUCUGUGCCGCCAUCAAAGAGCAACUGAUCGACCAACAGCGACUGUCGCAGGAGGAGCAGGCCAUCAACCGGUUAAGAAGGAACAAUGCUGACCUCGUCACGGAAGUCACCACGCUCCGCAGGAUGCAGAUGGAGUACAAAAUUAGUGAGCAAUGCCUAACCAAAGAGUUGGAGGAAACAAACGAGAGGAUGAGCACCAUACAAAAGGAACUAAACUGUCUUCAGGGUGGAAUGCAAAUAUGGAACAGCAAUGAGCCACAAGUCCGCCUCAAGAUGGAACUGCAGGAAUUAUCCAUCUCAAACGACAGUUUACAGACUGAAUGCAAAGCCGUGUUCCCGAUGCCUCAGCAUGUUAUUUUAAAUGCGCUCAUAUUUUUCAUUAAAAUAUUAUAGGAAAAUUA